AUGAAUCUCCGAUCCAUAUUCUUGGAUAUUAUGAUCCAUGGACGUCGACGUCGUUACUUUUACCCGGGAGGUUUCCGUAUCUUGUCGAAGCUCCUCUCCAGAAUCCGCCCCCACCUCGAACAAAGAGUCGAGGGGAAAACCGAAAAGAGAGAAAAGAGAAGGAAGUUGACAUACAUCACAGACCGAGCGCAACCUCUGCGCUUAGCCUCUUUUGCUGAGGUCCCUUUUCAAGGGCCAGGGAUGGCAUCGCCGGCGAAAAGUGCUCCAGAAGAACAACCGGUGGCUCGGGUGCCUUCCGUUGCUGGCAAGAACAAGACGCGGGCCAAACAGUCCUGUAUUCCCUGCAGGACUCGCAAGGUCAAGUGCGAUCGAAUAAAACCAUGUCACUCCUGUUGUGUUCGCGGGCUUCCUUCCGAGUGUGAAUAUGUUGCGAGCAAUGAAGAUCGAUUCCUCAUCACCCAGGCUGACGCCGUUGCGAGCCUGAGAAAAGAGGUUGGGAUGCUCAAACAACAGCUGGCAGCUCUUGGCCAUGUUCCCCGCUCAGAGCUUGAUGCAGCAGACAAAGACGUCAGUCAGACCUCAAAAAAGCCAUCUCUGAAGAGGCCUCAACCGUCCCCUUCUGACCACGAACACUCGCUGGCCAAUUCUGCCCCGUACGAAAAACAUGCGACCUUAAUGAGAAUAUUCGAAACUAUCGCUACUGCGCCUGAAGAUAUUGUCGCCAAGACAGUUGCCCAGAUCAGAGAAGGCACUUUGCUGGAUGGCAGUUCCGCACCUAUAUCGUGCCCAUCGAAACAUCCCUUCUCUCAUGUGGAAUCUCAAUCAUCCUCCCCAGAAUCUUCGUUUAGUGAUAUUCAAAGCGGAGCGCAAGUAGAUGACGAAGAAUAUAGACAAUUCAAAAAGCACAAUCCCGGACUAAAACGUGAAUCCGUCGACGGAGCCUCUACUGUCAGCCUUCUCACGAACCUGAAGUUCCUAGUCAAGUCUCCCAAAAGGACACCAUGUUUCGCAAAACCGGGGACGGAACUCAUGUUCCAUGAUGACGACUGUUUCUCCGAAGAAUUUCUUAAUGGAAGCCCAAACGUCGACGGCAAAACCAUCGGAACGUCCCAAACCAUUCGCGCCGCUGCUGGCAUUAGAAUGUUUUCGCCGGUUCUCUCCGAUGCCUUUAAAGCGGUUGCCCUGACUUACUUUGGCCACGAGGUCGCUGACCAACGAAUCGAACGGACAGGGUCACAAAUCCAUGUUUCUGUGCUACGGAAAUUGCAGGAAGCUAUUAACAAUAUGCACCAGAGCAAUUCCCAGGGUAUUCUACUAACGGUCUGCCUUCUCAUGUGUUUCGAAACUUUUCGGCGCACGACAAGCGAGUCUCUGGUGAGUCAUGCCUACGGCGCGCUGAAGCUUCUAGAGUACCGAGGUCCGCAGAGCCAUAUGUUCGGGAUAGACCAUUAUUGCUUCGCAGAACUUCGACCGUACUGGGUAUCUAUAACCCUAAUCAUCCGAAAACCGACAUUUCUUGCCAAAGAAGAAUGGAAAACUAUACCUUUCUCAGCAGGUUCCUCUUCAAAGGACAUGAUGCACCAUCUUCUAGAUCAAGUGGUGGACAUUCCUUCAUACCUCGCGCAAUUCGACCGGUUUAUGGAGGGCAUUAAUUCAGGCUGCCUAAGUAACUCUGAAGUGGCAGCUACUCAAAGGAUGUUAUGGUCCUGGGUCAGCGAUCUUGAUCAGAGGUUACGCCAAUGGAAGAAAGAUUGGUUUGAUUCAGUACCCUACCGCCAACCCACCGAGGUGACAAAGCAAGGCGACGACCCAUUUCCGGUAUUUCGCUGCCGCGACCCUACCACAAUGGAUCUAAUCACACCGACAACAUUCGUGUAUCCAGACCUACGGAUCGCCCACACGAUCUGCGUGUACUAUGCGUCACACCUCGUCCUUUCGGCAUCUGAUACCAGACCGUCGGCCUCCCUGCAACCCAGCCAACAAUACGAGUUCGCAUGCAACAUUUGCCGUAGCAUGGAGUACUUCAUACGCAAGGCCCCAGGAAACCUUGUUAACCGGAUGGCGUUUCCUUUACGUGUUGCCUUCGACGUGGUGAUGGAGUCGAGCGUGGAACGACAAUUUAUCAUCGACAUAUUUCGGUUGGUGAAUGACCGGAACAAGCUCAAGCUCUGGGGCACCACAAUCCCGGAAAUAUCGUCAAAGAAACGACUUCGAUAA